UUUAUAGAUUAUUACUUUGUUUUACAGAUUAUUACUUUGUUUUAUAAAUCAUUACUUUAUAUUAUAGAUUAUUACUUAAUUAUUACUAGUUUUAUAGAUUAUUACUUUGUUUUACAGAUUAUUACUUUGUUUUACAGAUUAUUACUUUGUUUUAUAAAUCAUUACUUUAUUUUAUAG